CGUCGCGCCAAAGAAUAUGUCACACUCCCGCCUCGCCCUGAGUGGCUCUCUCCCCUCUCAAAUACCCGGAUGCGUGUCCCAGCAUGCGUCCAGAUUACUGAGCUGCAGCCGAGCCCCAAUCGACUACGAGUUCCAAGCUCGAAGGUCUAGAUACAUAUCAGACCCCGCCAUCCAGUGCUCAAGGGCUUUUCUGCCCCUGCUGCACCCCUUUUGUCACCUUCUGUCGCGGUGGAAUACCAUGAGCAUUCUCUCUGCUCGCUGGCUACUCUACAUGAAAGCCGCAAUAUGGAGGGCCUUGAUGGCCAUUGGGAUGAAAUUCCACCACUUCGCUGAACCGAAACCUCCCCGCCCGAACUUCAAGAUCAUUGUCCCGUCACGACUGUCGCCUCGAGGGGGGACAUUCAAAUUGGUCUUCUACAUACCCGAUUCGUACCUCAGCACUCCAGAUGGCUAUCGAUUCCCUGUGGUUGUCAAUUUCCACGGUGGGGGGUUUACAUUGGGGACAGGAACAGAUGAUGCGAGAUGGGCGUCAACGGUUAUACACCAAGUCGAUGCAGUCUUCGUAUCAGUGGAAUACCGACUCGCACCCGAAUACCCCUUCAGCGUCGGUGUCGAAGACGGAACAGACGCGCUCAUGUACCUGGCCUCACACGCCGAGGAGCUACGUCUGGACCCCCACAGAAUGGCUCUCUCGGGCUUCAGCGCUGGAGGAAACUUCGCCUUCACUGUCCCCCUCAUGCUGCUCGACCUCCAAACAGACGCAGGGAAACGCAGUCUGCACGAGCCCAGCCUGCAACAACCCUCCUCACGCCUCAGUUCCCGCCCCUCAACCUCGCACCUCAACACCUCGCAUUCCCACCUCCGCACCCAUGCCGGGCCCUCGACAUCUGCUUUCUCCUCCACACUCUCCCUCCCCCGCCCCGACCUCGAAAACGCCAUGUCCUCGUCCUCUGUCCUAAAACUCUCUGACCUAGAACCCACCGCCCUAGAAGUAGCGCAACAAGUACCAGACUUAACCUUAAAAGCAAUCGUCUCUUUCUACCCACCGACCGAUUUCCGCUCCAGCAGAAAAGACAAACGUGCCACGAAUCCAGCACCAGAGAAGAAUCUCCCGCCCAUGUUGACGAAUCUGUUUGACGAGAGUUACAUGCACCCUUCCGACCUCAUUGAUCUCUGCGAUCCCUACUUAUCGCCCGCAGCGGCCUCGGACGCGCAAUUGAAAGCGGCAUAUCCAGACGACAUCAUUCUCUACACCUGCGAGUACGACAUGUUGAAUGUCGAGGGCAAAGAGUUUGGGGAGCGGUUGCAGGGAGACAAUGUAGGGAAGACGGUGCACGGUGGGGAAGUCAAGGCGGUGCCGCACGCGUUCGAUAAGAAGCCGAAUCCGGUGCGGUUCCCGAAGAGUGCGGAUAGGAUAUAUAGUGAGGCGUGCGCGGAGUUGCGGAGGGUGUUUGGGGGGCGGAGUAGUGUUGAGGAGAGGACGCAGUUGGAGCUGAGCAAGGAGGUUGAGAGGUUUGAUGAUGAGGAGUUAAGGGGGGGUGGGGAUACCGAUGCGUUGAUUGGGGAAGGAGGAACUACGAGGACGGAGAGGGAGCUGGAACGCGAGAGGAGGUGGAGGGAGGCGCCGGAUAUCACCAUCGAUGAACCUCCCUCAGACGUCAAUGGCGUCAAAUGAUCACUAGCUCGGUGACGAAUUCUCUGUAUAUUCUUCCAAGUUUUUGGGCAUUGGGGCAUUGGCAGAUGUAGGCGUUUAUAGACUUGUGUAUACUGUACAUACACCAUUCAAAAUUCAACAUCCAAAUUUCGAAAUCAUUUCCAUCCUACAACCCCGAG